AUGCUGAACGCUGAUCCUUCAUCUGAUCUGAUCGUCAGAGACUCCACAGGAAAACUUCUCUCCUUCUUCUCGGUGGUGCCAACCACCAACCUGUUAGAUGACGAUGAUAUUCCAGAAUUUGAACCUUAUGAAGACGCAGCGGUCAAACCCAGAUCCCACCCACAAGGGGCGCUGUCGGUGCAGGACGUUGACAUGUGUCAACAGGUCAACAAACCAAAGCACUACACGGACAGCUACCACAUCGAUCAGCUGGUGACCCGCCGUGGUCAGGAGUUUGUCAUGAGAGUGACCUUCAACCGUCCCGUGACCCCGGACGACGACUUCCACAUCGAGUUCCGUAUCGCCACCAGCUGUUUUGUCGCUGCAGGUUCCAGCCCGUCGUCCAACAAAGGCUCUCUGAUCACCGUGGUGUUCGGGCCCAACAGCUGCAGCACACAUUCCUCGAGUGGCUCGUGUGGCUCGUGGUCCGGCCAGACCGUGGAGACUGUGGGUAACACUGUGACUCUGGGCAUCACGCCGAGGCCCGACGCCAUCGUAGGGAAGUUUCGCACCUAUGUCUCAGUGAGCGGAGCGUACACCAACAGAGACACCCGGACGGACCUGUAUCUACUUUUCAACGCUUGGUGUUCAGAGGAUUCUGUGUUUGUCCCCAAUGCGAGCGAACGUAACGAGUACGUCCUGAACGACAUCGGGGUGAUGUAUCAGGGGACCGCUGGCGCUGUCGCUAACCGCAGCUGGAUGUUUGGACAGUUUGAACGUGGCAUUUUGGACGCGUGCAUUUACAUCCUGGAUACAUCUCUGAUGCCAAUCUCAGACCGAGGCAACAUCACCAAAGUGAUCAGGAAGGGAUCUGCCAUGAUAAAUGCUCAGGACGAUCAGGGCGUGUUGGUGGGGAACUGGAGUGACGACUUCGGUCAGGAAACACCCCCGACAUCUUGGACCGGCAGCACCAGCAUCCUGCAGAAGUACGCCAACAGUGGAGUCCCCGUCUGCUAUGCACAGUGCUGGGUGUUCGCUGGAGUCUUCAACACCUUCCUGCGCUGCCUCGGCAUCCCUGCGAGGGUCAUCACUAACUUCUCCUCAGCUCACGACAACACCGGCAACCUGAAGACCGACCUCAUCUUCAAGCAGGACGGGACACCGGACAGACGCCAUACAAGGGACUCCAUAUGGAACUACCAUUGCUGGAAUGAGGUGUUCAUGUAUCGUCAAGAUCUGCCGGGUAAAUUCUCCGGAUGGCAGGUGGUGGACUCCACGCCGCAGGAGACCAGCGAUGGAUAUUACCGCUGUGGUCCAGCCUCAGUCGCUGCCAUUAAGGACGGAGAGGUUUCAUACCCGUUUGACUGCGGAUUCGUCUUCGCUGAGGUGAACAGCGACGUCGUCAGCUACAAAAGGGAUCGCUAUGGAAACCUGAGUCCGUUCAGUGUGGACAAGACGCUCAUUGGACAGCUGAUUUACACGAAAUCGAUAAGCAGCGGUGCACCUAUGGACAUCACAUACAGCUACAAGAAUCCUCAAGAUAGUCCAGAGGACCAGAAUGCGAUGGCUCUGGCUGAGAGCUUUGGCCUGUUGAGGGAUCACUCUGAGGUGCCUGACGUCCCACUGAUUGUCACCAUCCAUGGCGACCAGUGCGUCAUGUGCGAGGACGUGAACCUGACGGUGGAGAUCCAGAACAACGGUGACGUUCCCAAGACAGUUGUGGCUCAGCUGAGCGCGGCGGUCAUCAACUACACUGGAUAUCCCGGACCAGAUUUCAAAACAGACAUCAUUGAGGUCACAGUGCCGGCCCAGCAGACUCAGCGUGUGGACGUAAAGACAGCAGCUGUGGAGUACAUGCCUCACCUGAUCAAUCAGCCGUUCCUCUACUUUACUCUGUCUGGACAGGCUGAUGGACAAAUACUGACCGCCAGGAAGGUGGUGACCAUUUUGACCCCUCCCCUCACCUUAACGCUUCACAGUCAGCCUCGGCUGCAUCAGCAGUCGUUUGUCACCGUGUCCUUCACCAACAUGUUAAGCUGCACACUGCACGACGUCAGCCUGACCAUAGAUGGACCUCAAGUCAUGAGUGUCAAAACACACACAUUCGAGCCCAUUGCUCCUCAGGCUUCCAUCUCGUGGACUGAGAUCUUACAGCCUCGCGGGCAUGGACCCAGAUGCAUCGUGGCUGUUCUGAAUUCCAGCAACUUGACUCAGAUGUGGGGAUAUAAUGAAUUCACUGUCCUACCCUGAGAUGAUUGGUUCACUGAACAGUGACCCCGCCCCUCGCCAUUUCCACCAAUCACAGCUGCUUCAGACAGAGUGGGCAGAGCAGACAGAACUGCAGGAAUCAUCUUUUAAAAUGAUUUGUUUUCCUCAUUCAGACAUGAAGUCUAUAACAUACAUGGUACUUCCUGAUAUUAUGAUAUAUCUUAUACCACCCCUCACACUGAUUAGAUAUUAUUUUUCCAAACACUAUCAUUAAUUUGUUUUUUUAAAUAUGAUACGUUUAAAAAAAAAAGAAAAAGAAAGAAGAUAAUCUUAACUAUAAAUCCAUUUAAAUCUGUUUGAAAUUAAUUUGUACUAUUUGUUAAGUAGGUGAAAUUGUUCUAAAAUACGUAUUUACACACACUGGAUGUGUGAUUUUUAUGUUUGAUGAGGAACAUUUUUUUUAUGUCAAUCUCUUAUUAAUUGAUUAAACAACAGACAUGUGACUGUACCUUUAAUUUGUCUUUGCUUUGUGCCUUUAAUGACUGCUGUUAAUGCCAAUCUGUUUACUAACAAUAAAGCAUAUUCAAAACCA